UAUCGCACCCGGACGCGAGCCUUGAGCUGCACUCGCUGUUGAAACUACACUACCCAGGUCUCCAGUGGUAACCCGUGACACUCCUUGGACCGCGAGAGCUGGGCUGGGUUUCAACUGCUUGCCUCUUGUUCGCUAGCUCAGACCCGGCCCAGGACCUAGCCCCAGACUCGGACACAGCUUCACCAUGGAGGAGGCAGACCGAAUCCUCAUCCAUUCCCUGCGCCAGGCCGGCACGGCAGUUCCUCCAGAAGUUCAGACCCUGCGAGCCUUCACCACUGAGCUGGUUGUAGAAGCUGUUGUCCGCUGCCUGCGUGUGAUCAACCCUGCUGUGGGCUCCAGCCUUAGCCCUUUGCUGCCUCUUGCCAUGUCUGCCCGUUUCCGCCUGGCCAUGAGCCUGGCUCAGGCCUGCAUGGACCUGGGCUAUCCUUUGGAGCUUGGCUACCAGAACUUCCUCUACCCCAGUGAGCCUGACCUCCGGGACUUGCUUCUCUUCUUGGCUGAGCGCCUACCUACAGAUGCCUCUGAGGAUGCAGACCAGCCUGCAGGUGACUCAGCUAUCCUUCUCCGGGCAAUUGGGAGCCAAAUUCGGGACCAGCUGACCCUGCCCUGGGUUCCACCCCUCCUUCGCACUCCUAAGCUGCAGCACCUCCAGGGCUCGGCCCCCAAGAAUCCUUUCCAUGCCAGUAGGCUGGUCAUGCCUGAAUUGAGUUCCAAAGGAGAGCACCGGGAGUUCCAGGCAAGUUCCCUGUUACUACCAGCCCCCACCCAGGUGCCUCAGCCUGCUGGGAGGGUGGCCUCACUCCUCGAAUGCCAUGCCAUCCAGCUCUGCCAGCACACAGACCAGGACCACCCUGGGGACAAGGACUGGGUCCACUGGUCAUCCCGCCUCCCCACCCAGGAGGAUACUCGGGCUCAGCGGCAGCGGCUGCAGAAGCACCUGGCUGAGUAUCUGCGUCAGACCUGGGGCCAGCUGGGCUCCCUGCCACAAGCCCGAGACUUGGGAGAGCUGCUGCAGGCCUGGGGUGCUGGGACCAAGACUGGUGCUCCCAAGGGCUCCCGCUUCACACAUUCAGAGAAGUUCACCUUCCAUAUGGAGCCUGAGGCCCAGGCAGCCCAGGUGUCAGAUGUGCCAGCCACCUCCCGAUGGCCUGAACAGGACACAUGGGCAGCUCAAGAGCAGGAGCUGGAGGCCCUUCAGGAACAGCUAGAGGGAGUGAAUCGCAACAUUGAAGAGGUUGAAGCCAACAUGAAGACGCUGGGAAUCGGCCUUGUGCAGGUGGAGACCGAGUGUCGGCAGACUGAGCUCAGCACAGCGGAGAGGGAGCAGGCCCUGCGCCUGAAGAGCCGGGCGGUGGAGCUGCUGCCAGAUGGGGCUGCCAACCUCGCCAAGCUGCAGCUCGUGGUAGAGAGUAGUGCCCAGCGGGUCAUCCAUUUGGCGGGCCAGUGGGAAAAGCACCGGGUCCCGCUCCUUGCUGAGUACCGCCACCUCCGAAAGCUCCAGGAUUGCAGAGAGCUAGAAUCUUCCCGACGGCUGGCAGAGAUUCAGGAGCUGCAUCAGAGUGUUCGGGCAGCUGCCGAGGAGGCCCGCAGGAAGGAGGAGAUCUAUAAGCAGCUGGUGUCUGAGCUGGAGACCCUGCCCAGAGACGUGUCCCGGCUGGCCUAUACCCAGCGCAUCCUGGAGAUUGUGGGCAACAUCCGGAAGCAGAAAGAAGAGAUCACUAAGAUCUUGUCUGACACAAAGGAGCUUCAGAAGGAAAUCAACUCCCUGUCUGGGAAGCUGGACCGGACGUUUGCGGUGACUGAUGAGCUUGUGUUCAAGGUGUGGGGCAGUCUGGGUCAGGUGGAGGGGUGGCCCUUCUCUUCCUGCUGUCCCCAGAACUGCAGCCAGCUCAUCCAGACCAUCGAGGACACGGGCACUAUCAUGCGGGAGGUUCGAGACCUUGAGGAGCAGAUCGAGACAGAGAUGGGCAAGAAGACGCUCAGCAACCUGGAGAAGAUCCAAGAGGACUACCGGGCCCUUCGCCAGGAGAAUGCUGGCCUCCUGGGGCGGGUCCGUGAGACCUGAGGGGCCGCUGGCAUAGGUCUCCCUCACCCCAGGCUUCAGCAGGGAUUGGGGUAUUGGAGGUGAUGGCCAAAUGCUUGCCCUAGCUGUUCUCCGUGUUUGCUGUCCAGCCCCUCCUGCUGUGGCGACUUCUGCCCACCUGACCCCAACCCUUAUCUGGGGUGAACAUUCAGACACUGGGAGCUUGGCUGCAGUUUAUUGGGGAUAGUACUGGGGGUUGGGGCCUUGGAUCCCAAAUAAAUGAGGGGCUCUGUCAGCA